GUGUAUCUACUAUCAGAGCAUUUGGUGCCGAAAAAAGAUUGAUGAAAAGAAUGUUGCGUCUCGUAGAUGACAAUAAUCGACCAUUUAUAUUCAAUUGGGCAUGCAAUCGAUGGCUUCAUGCUCGUAUUGAUUUCAUAGGUGGCCUAGUUGCACUUUCCACUGCUGUUAUUAUUGUGUAUAAUCUCUCCAAAGGAAUGGAUCCUGGUUUAGCAGGUUUUGCAUUGGCAAAUGCAUUAUAUUUCACCAACGAUGUAAUUUGGGUUAUUCGUUUAUAUGCCAUGCAAGAGAUAAACAUGAAUUCAAUUGAGAGAAUCCAUGAUUAUCUGGUAUUAGAAGAAGAACCACCAAGAAUUAUCGAAGGUCAUCGCCCACCACUAGAGUGGCCUUCAAGAGGAGAUGUUCAAGUUAAAAAUCUCGUCAUCAAAUAUGCACCUGAUUACCCCCCGGUAUUAAAAAAUAUUUCAUUCCACAUUAAACCUGCAGAAAAGAUUGGAAUUGUUGGUAGAACUGGUAAACUUACGCAUCAUGAGCAAUCUAGAUUUUUUAAUGAACACGAUGAUGCUGAACUAUGGAAUGCACUUCGAAGAGCUCAUUUAACCGAUGAUGCAACUACAGGUUCAAGCGCUUGUAAUGAUAGCAAAUUAUCACAAAACGAACAAUCACAAAGUCAAAUAACCUGGACUCUUGACGAUCCCGUUAGUGAAAACGGUAACAAUUAUAGUCAAGGUCAACGACAGUUGAUUGCACUUGCGAGAGCAUUAGUUCGUAAAUCUAAGUUGAUUAUUAUGGAUGAGGCAACAGCUAGUGUAGAUUUUAAAACAGACCGUAUGAUUCAAAAAACAAUACGUGAAGAAUUUAGCGAUGCAACUCUACUAUGUAUUGCACAUCGUUUAAGAACCGUUGUAGAUUAUGACAAAAUUUUAGUGUUAGAUUCUGGAACGAUUGUAGAGUUUGAUCAUCCAUAUAUUCUUUUGCAAAAGCCAGACUCAACUUUUCGUGAAAUGUGUGAUCGAAGUGGUGAUUUGGCAGAAUUGGUCGAAAUUUCUAAGGCAAAAUAUGUCAAUGAUUAUG